AUGAAAUUCAUUUCGUAUCUAUGCAUUUUUCUUUACAUUAUUUUAAAUGUCUCAUCUCAUAAAUAUCUUUCUUCAUAUCGAUUUGUUUUAACCUGUGAACUCCAUUACUACAUUAGUGAUAUUAUCUAUCGUAUCUCAAAACCUCUUCUAUGUUUUACAGCACCGUUUGCGUACCAAAUUUUCACUUUGUAUUUUUUUUUUUAUCAUAAUAAAGACUCAAAUGUUCUAUUGUCAUUCUCGUUUUUAAGCACAAUAUGUUCUUACUAUUUGAUUUUUAUAUCUGUUUGUAUGUCUUUUAUUAAUUUUUCGUCUUCUCUCCCCACCAUUUCUCUCUCACACUUGUUCUAUCUAUCUAUCUAUCUAUCUAUCUAUCUAUCUAUCUAUCUAUCUAUCUAUCUAUCCCUAUGUGCGUAUAACGGACUUAUAUUUGUGUGUGAUCUUUUUCUUCUUUUCCCGUUUUCUGCGUACGUGUGUUUGGGUCCGAUAAUAAAUGCACUCAAUAAAAGCUUAAACAAAACACCAAAUCAGUGA